AAUGAAUCCGGUGGUUUUAAGUGUUGCCUUCGUAUCCAUUUUAUUGAUUACAGGGAACAUUUGCUCAUCAGACAACGUUAGUUGCAGUAUCACUGUGGAUUACUCAGCACUGUGUAUUCGCUUCUUUUUAGCUUUGUGCAUGUCAUUACUGCGCAACCAUAGCCUCAUCGAGAAUUAAAAUUGUGACCAAGUCAGUUAAUGGCCAGUGUGUAUUUCCAGUUUUUGUCAAUGGUAUACGCUAUACAUCUUGCUUAAAUGGAACACCCUGUUCCACUUCUCAUAUUUAUGAUGGAAAUUCGCUACCUUGUGAAGAGAACCCACUGAUUCCAUUCAAGAAAAAAGUACUAGUUACAACGAAACGUAUUCAUUUGGUUAUUUGUGAUGUGGAGACAAAUAAUUCAAUGUUAGCUAAAACAAUUAAACCAUAUUUACGCGUAAAAUCAGAAUUAUGGUUACGUCAGCUGCAUCCAGGUGUUGCUGAAGUUUUCAAUCCACCCAGUCAAAAUCCAUAUUACGUGGAAUGUUUUUACAUUAACAAUAAAUCAAUGAAUUAUCAGAUCCCAAUUUAUUCAGUAUCUAAACGAAAUGAAAUCAUUAUUGAGCUUGACGCGAAUGAGAUUCUAUAUCCAGGCGAUUAUAUAAAGUGUCAGUACAAGUUAACGUUGAUUGGUCAGUAUGUAAUGUCAGAUGAUUCGAGCAAAUUAAUUAUCCUUGAGUCAACCAGCUUUCCAGUAUAUCAAGCAUUCAAUAGAAUUACAGAUUCUGCAUAUUCUGUAAAAGAAUUUCCUAUCGGUGGACGUUGGAAUGCAUAUUGUCAGUUGGGGAAAUGGAGAAGUGAAACAAGAAGGAUAAUUGUUAGAGGUUAUCCUCAACAACCCCAGUUUAUACCAAUUGAAAAUGAACCAAAGUUAUACAAAUGUUAUACACCCAAUGAAAACUAUUUAUUAAAUAAAACAAUUGCUAUUCAGCUAAUUAAAGGAGAAGAGGAAAUCUUCUACAUUUCUGGGGCAUUAUUACAACUUAAUAUUGAUAAUGAUAUACAAGGCGAAUUUAUCUAUCAAUGUACAAUUAGUACAGGAUUAUUUCAAACAACUAAAUACUGGAGAAUUGAUUAUUCUUAUUCUGAUUUAAUGAACACAUUGAUCAUUGAACCAAAUUAUGAUAUCAUUCCAUUGGGUAGUUCAGAUGUCAAUUUUCAGUGUUCCAAUGGUAACACUAUUAACAAUAAUAAUAAUAAUAACAGUAUUAAUAGUAACACUUCUACCAGCAUUCAAAACAAUCUUCAUUUAACAAUUAAUAUUUAUAAAUUAUCAUACUUCUAUAGUCCAUUAGUUAUAAGUGAGAAAGAGUUGAUUGUCAAGAGAAUUCAUUCAAAUCAAAUUAAAAUCAGCUUUUUCAGUAUUGGUCAGUAUGCUUUAUUAUGCACUGUGAAUAAGACAGAAUCAUUAAUGUAUGCCUAUAAAACGAUUAAAGUUGAAGAUUUAUACAGCAUUGAAGUAAAAGAGAAAAAUUUAUUCUAUGCUAAAAAUAUGCAAUCAGCUAUAAUUCACUGUCAGUCUAGAAAUCUUAGUACACAUGAUGGAAUAGACAUCAAAAUGAGCUAUUUGGAUGGUGAAGCAUAUCAAUUUACUAUGAAAGGCAAUUCUGCUGUUGGUGUUUGGCCAUUGAAUAAAAUUACACGAAUGCAAUGUUCAAUGACAAUUCAUUCUACAUUUAAUAUUUCUAAAAUAGUCUAUGGAAUUAUUGUUAAUGACAUUAAAUUAUCAAUUACACCAAAUAAAACUGAAUAUUACUUUGAAGUGAAUCAAUUAUGGAAGAUUGGUUGUCUAUUCAAUCCGAAAGAUGUUCAUCAAGUUGUUGAUUAUGCGCCUAUCUGGGAGAUAACAUCACAAGAUAAGGAUAAAUCUCUUUCAUACAUUGUACAUAAUAAUUGGUUGAUUUCAUUGAGCGACAAUCACAAUACUACUAAUAAUACUACUAAUAAUAUCACAAAACUAUCUGUGGGUAAAUAUACAGCGAAAUGUUUUGUACCAAAUCAUACGGAGAUUGUGCCAAAAUAUGUGAAUAUAACUGUUCUACCUAUGACAGAAUUAAAAAUUACUCCAAAUCGUAUGAUUGUUUGGUCAAAUGAAAUGAUGCAUACAGUUUAUACAUGUACAGCUAGUCUAAAUGAUUAUCCACAUAACAACAGUAGUAAUACUAAUAUCACUACUACUACUGCAGCCCAACUAACUAUGAGAACUACUCAGACAUGGAUGAAAUAUAUCAGUGGAACAAAACAAUUUCAACCAAUUAAGGAAAAGCUCAUAGGAAUAAAAGUCAAUACUUCUAAUCCCUGUACAAUUGGUUUAUAUUGUUGUAUGCUGAAAACAUUAUCCGGUGUAAUAAAAAAGUGUUUUGUCAUCAAAACUAUUGCCUUUCCUGGAUUUAAAAUAUCCAAUAAAUUCACUUAUGGAUCAAUACACAACUAUAAUCAAUCAAUGAAAGUGGAAGUAUUACCCAUUUCAGUAUUUUAUCAAUAUCAAAUCAAAUGUACUUUUGUAAUAGGAAAGCGAAGAUUAUUUGCUCUGCAUAAUGGUAAUCAAUUGAUUCACAGAUAUAAAAGAGAAAAUGAUGAAUGUUCACAAUAUAUAUGUACAUUUUUAUCGAAUGAUAUGUCUUUUGUCUCCGAUGCUGAACAGAUAUGUUCAUUUACAGGAGAUGAUCUUCUUGAAUUUGUUUAUGAAGAAAAUUCUCCGCAUAACAAUCGACUCUAUAAAUAUUGGAGUGGUCUGCUUAAAUGUCAAAUGAGAAAUGAAACAUUUCGAAAUCUGAUACCUAUUGAAGAUUAUCACAUAGAAUAUAUAUCUGGUGUUAAAUAUCCUAUCAUCAGAAAUACAAUUUAUAUAUACUCUGCUUUGACUACAGAAUCUAAUAAUCUAUUGUUUUUUAAGUAUUCCUGUACACUGUCUGAUAGACAUUCUAAGAUAAUUGUUGUGACUGAGAGAAAUCUUGUUGAUAAUCCAUAUUUAAUAUUACAUCCAAAUAUUAGAUAUGUAACGCAUAAUCUAUUUCCAAAGUGUAUUGAUAAUUAUGGCAAUUCUAUGGAAUUAUUGCCAGAUCCUACAGAUUUACGUCCUCCGAUAUUUACAUGUGAUCACAAGCAUAAUUGUACAAUUAUUGGAAAACAUUUAGAUCAAUCUAAAUUCUUCUGUAAACAGCGGCAAAGUGAUUUGAUGUUAAAUGUGGAGUUAACGUUACUGACAAAUAUUACCCCAAUAUUUACUCCCCAAUACAAUGUUAUCUAUAAAGGGGAUCAACCAAUACUGACGUGUAUUGCACCAGCUAUUGAAACAUUUACAAAUUAUACUUUUAUUAUUGAAUUAAAUAACUUCACUAUCUAUCCAAUAUAUUAUAAACAUCAAUAUGGUCUACGUAAUGAAGCACAUGUUCAUUUGCAUAGACUGAAUAUAAGAAAACAAGAGAUUUGGACAUUCACUUGUCGACUGUUAGAUAAUACAACAAAUAUACAAAUAGGAUAUGCUCAGUUUAAAUCUAUUGUGUCGGUUCAUCCAAUGGUAUUACAACUCAAAGGUGAUACAAAAAUCACCUAUCUGACGACGCCUACAACGAUCACAUGUUCAUUGAAUGGAAGUAAAUCUUUCACUCCUCUAUUAUACUGGGAUAUCAUACAUGGUCCAAUGAAAUGCAUGCAUACUACUGGUAGACAUUUAAAAAUCAUACCACAAAAUGCAUGUUAUGGUGUUCUACUCGCUAGAUGUUAUGCAUUCUAUGAAAAUAUAUUUAUAUCUUAUAUAGAAUAUAAAAAUAUUCUAUUGCCUAUGCAUCCCCAGAUUUCUUUGUCUGUUGAACCUAUGAGACGAUUUUUAUUCACUGGAGAAUCUAUCACUUUGAAGGUGAUUCUUGAACCACGUGAUCAACUAUCUGAUGAUAUAAUUUAUGCUAUCAUGCGUCAUGCUAAUAUUACUAUAUUACAUAAUGGUAAUAUAGUUUAUCAACAAAUAUAUAUUGAUGGCAAGAAUGGCAACACAGAGAAUAAUAGUAGUAUUACUACUGAAAUGAGUAAUAUAAAGCUAACUAUACCUUCAUCAGCCAAUAGAAAUCAAAUGGAUAAAAGUAUAGAGAAAAUUGUUCUACACUUGGAGUUGUUUGAAUCUUCAUAUGUUGCAUCAACUGAGCAUGAAAUACGAAUCAUAGAUCGUCCGAAAAUGUUAUUUCCUGCAAGUGGAAAAUGUUCAAUUGGGAAGCAGUUUUCACCAAAUAGUUGGUCUACAGUGAGUCUAAUUGAUGGAUACGAUGUCUCUGACAUUUUCUCUGAACAAAUUACAUGGCCAUAUAGUAUGGAACGGAAUAAAGGAAUAUACCAGUGUGUUCAUCAUCUCAAAGAAGCUAAACUUCAUACCAAAUUUACUCGACAAAAUUCCUACGCUCCUCAUAUCAAGAUUAGUAUAGUACCUAAUUUGCAAUGGAUAAACACAAUUCAAUUACCAAAUUUUCAGUGUAUUCUAGAUAAUUGGAUGUAUUCAACAGUAAACAACUAUAGUAUUUAUUUUAUUCGUAUUGAAGAUACGUAUAAAUUAUUCAAUAUUCAAGGGAAUCAAUUAAUUCCAAGGAAUUUAUCUACUAGUACAGUUACAAUAUUGUAUGAAUGUAUACUUGAAAUCAAUGAGCAAGUAUACAGGGAAUCAUUAAAUCUUAUUUAUGAAUCUCCUCUUGAAAUACGACCAAAAGUCUACAUGGUACAACUUGAGACCAAUACAUCAGUCAUUUAUCAUUUAUAUGUUAGUAAUAAUGAGACAGUAAAACCUGUUAAUUGGUCAUAUACAAUCCUACAAGUAACACCUGAUCUUGACGCAUACAUUAAUCAAAUUGGUUUUGAUGGUCAACUAAUGAUUACCCCUUUAUUUAGACAAUAUCGUAAACCGGGCAGUUUAAUGCUACAAGUAUGGAUUAAAAGUACUUACAAGGAGGGAUUUAUUGAAACUGUACAAAAUGUACACUUUCGUGUACUAGUUGAUACCAUUGGAACAUUGAAUGGAAAUGAUGGUGAAGAUAUUGAAGUAUUUGCUGGUUCAGAUAAAAUUUUCCGAUGUGGCUACCUACCACCAACAGAUUUUCCAGGUGUAUGGAGUGCUAAAAUUCUUAAUGGUCCAAAAGAUAUUGUAAAAUUUGAAACAAAUCAACAAGGUCAAAGAACAGAAGUAUUUAUUAAACCACCAACAAAAUAUCCUGUUUAUAUAACUGGUGGAAAAAUUAUCAUUGAAUGUACUUUUACUGAUCCGGCUAGUGGUCAAAAAAUUUUCUCAUUCAAUAAAACUUUUUCUAUCUUAGAUAAUGCAAUAGGUACAUUGAAUGGACUUGAUGAUAAAGAAAUUAUCAUAUCAGUUGGUUCAAACGAGACAUUCAGUUGUGGUAUGUUACCAUAUCAAAGUGAAGAUGCUAUAAAAGGCUAUUGGACAGCACGUAUAGUUGACGGGGACACUAAUGAUUUAAUAUAUUUAGAAGAAGUUUCAAAGCAUAUACUAAUAAAGCCGCCAGUUCGACAACCAUUCUAUAUGUUUGGUGGAUAUGCUAAGAUUGAAUGCGUGUUUAGGUAUACAAGUAAUAAACAGAUAGUUUUUGAAUUCAAUAAAACCAUAACAAUUACAGGUAGUAUUAACGGUACACUGAAUGGUAUUGACGAUAAAGAUGUGAAAUUAAUAAUUGGUACAAAUAAAACACUCAGAUGUGGUCUACUGCCGGCAAGUUUUGAAUCAAGACUGGUAGCUAAAUGGACAGGCAAGAUUAUCAGUGGACCAAAAGAUUUAGUUGCAAUCAAUAUAGACAAAGAAAAUGGACAAACUUAUAUCCAACCACUGGCUAAACACGGAGUCUACUUAAAAGAAGGCGAAUUUAUAUUCCAAUGUAUAUUACAACAUGCUAGAAAACAGAAUUAUAUAAUUUAUGGGUUUAAUCGGACUGUAACUAUUACAAGUUGUGAUUAUAGGGGAACAUUGAACGGGAUAGAUGAUUCAUCGCAUAUUAUACUUCCUUUGGGAUCAAGUAAACAAUUAAAUUGUUCUCUGUUACCUGGAAGUGUUGAUACUCAAGUAAACGGUUACUGGAAUGGUUCUUUAAGCGAUGGAUUGCAUGAAAUUCUUUCUCUAAGUCAUCAAAAUGGACAAGUGUUUAUUGAUCCACCAAAUGGUAGUACAGUUUAUGAUAAUCAAGGCCAAGUUCGAUUAACUUGUUCCUUUAUAGCUAAAUCAAAUAAUUAUGUAAUUUUUAAAAUGGUUGCUGAUAUAAGUGUAUCAUCUUGUAAUAUACGCGGAACACUGAAUAGUAUCGAUGAUUCAAAUUUAGUUAUUCGAUAUGGUUCAAGUAGAACAUAUAAAUGUGGUAUCCUACCAAAUAUUGAAGAGGCAUUUAAUGGUUAUUGGAUAGCUGAUAUAAUCAGUGGAUCAAAUGAUACUGUAUCUAUAGUGCAAGAGAAUAAUCAAAGUUAUAUAAAACCACCAUUAUUCAGUGAUGCAUACACUGUUACAGGGACAAUACAACUGGAAUGUUCACUAAAGAGUAAAAGUCGGAAUCACAGCAUAUACAGUUUUAGAAAGUUUAUAACAGUUUAUAAAAUGCAUUAUGAAAGGUUGGAUAUAGAAUAUACAAAUGAAAUGACCGCCUACAUUGGUUCUAGUACAAAAUUUAAAUGUUAUUAUAAAUUAGACAAUUUUCUUAAAACUUAUUAUAAUGGCUACUGGAUAGCUAAAAUAGCCGAUGGAGAUAAAGAUAUUAUCUCAGUGGUAGAGGAAGACAUUGAGGCGAAUGGAGAGGAUGGGAUUACUGAUCGCGUGCAUAAUGAUCAGAUUAUUCAACCACCAUCUGGAAGUCAUAUCUAUACAAAAUCUGGUAAAGUGUUUAUCAAUUGUACAUUUAUCGAUCCUGUUGAUGAUGGGAGAGUUGUUUUAUCCAGUGUUAAAAUUAUCAGUAUUUUAAAAACUCAACAGAAAGGCACACUAAACGGAAUAGACGACAAAGAUGUUACUGUAAAGUUAGGCACUAGUAAAACAUUUCAAUGUGGCAUUUUAAUGAAUGACCAAAAUAUUCAAGGUUAUUGGACAGGUUCUUUAGUGCAUGGACAAAUGGAUGCAGUAUCAUUAAUUCACGAUAAUGAUAAUAAUAAUAAUAAGGUGAAAAUUAAACCAAGAAAAUGUAGUUCAGUCUAUGAUAUCAAAGGUAGUGUUGAUGUGAAGUGUACAUUUAUGAAUAUGAAGCAUGAUAUACAAUUUAUGUUUACAAAAACUAUACAUAUUGUUGAUGCCGGUUAUACUGGUUCUCUGAAUGGUCUUACUGACUCUGAUGUCACUGUACCAGUUGGUUCCAGUGAUAUAAUUAAAUGUGGUCUAUUACCAAAUACUAAUGAAUUCUUAACUAUUGGUUACUGGUAUGCACGUAUUGUGAAUGGUAAUAAAGAGAUGAUAUCCAUCAAAAUAUGCAAUGGACAAGCUUUAAUACAACCAACAAAUAAUACUGAUGUAUUUUAUGUAGAAGGUGUAGUUGAAAUUGAAUGUAUCCUUAAACGAUAUGAUAAUAAUAAUGAAGUGAUUUUUGCCUUUAAUAAAACUUUCGAGGUGAAUGAUGGUGAUUAUGGUUCAUUAGAUGGUAAAACUACAGGUGAUGUUGAUGUCAUUUACUUGUCCAAAGAUAAAAUUAAAUGUAGUUAUUUAUAUCCAAGUAUAGCAAAACAAGUGAAUGGUUAUUGGAAUGGUAAAAUUAUUGAGGGUAUAUCAGUUUUAGUCAAAGUAUCAAGAAAUGCAUCAGACAUAUACUUUCUUCCACCACGUUCAAAUGGUUUCGAUUAUUUAGGAUCAGUACGAGUUCAAUGUUCUUUAAUUCAACAAAAAUCUCGGAAAACACUAUUAACCUAUUAUAGAUGGAUAAAUGUUAUACUUAAAGACAAUCCAGUUGCAUUGAAUGUAUACACUGAAAAGGAUACCUAUUUUUAUACUGGUUCAUCUACAAGAGGUAGUUGUUAUGCUUCUUCACUCGAUGAAUCAUCCACUGAUGAUACAUAUUGGAAAGUAGAUAUAAUCAAUGGGGAUAGCGAUAUAAUUGCUAUUGAUGAUGAUAAUAAUAAUUAUACCGAACCACUAUUUAGACCACCAUUUGAUAAAACAGUCUAUGAAAAAGUUGGUCAUGUUGAAGUACAAUGUACACUGCUCAAUAAAACAAAUAAUACUCUGGUUUAUUCUGCUAUAAAAAAUAUUUAUAUUAUAGCUACACAUAGAAAAGGAACACUCAACGGUAUUGAUGAAUCAAAUAUCACUGUAGAAGUGAACUCAAAUAAAACAUUUGAAUGUGGAAUUCUACCUAAAGAGGAUAAUAAUAAUUCAACAACACUACAACAAUAUUGGCGUGGUAGAAUAGUUAGCAGCAGUACUACUAAUAAAGAAGAUAUUGUACACUUAGAUAUGAGUACUGGUAAAGUGAUUAUUAGACCACCAAAACAACAAGAUACCUACAGGAAAACAGGUCAAGUUGUCAUUGAAUGCCUUAUGAAGUAUACAUUAAAUGAAAUUGAAUUUGGAUUCAAUAAAACUUUCAGUGUAAUCGAUAUAAAUAUGAAAGGAACUCUUAAUGGUAUUGAUGAAUUCAAUGUGACAACUUCAAUCGGUUCACACGAUACAUUUAAAUGUGGCACAUUACCAACAAAUGCUGAACGGAAUUAUGAUGCCUAUUGGAUAGCAAAAGUAGUCGACGGUAAUGCAGAUAAUGCAGAAUCAUUGAUAUUUUUAAGUUCAUGCAGUCAAACGGUUAAUAUUCAACCAAAAUAUGCUAGUUAUGGCUAUCAUGAAACUGGUCACGUGACAAUUGAAUGCACAUUGAUCGAGAGAAGUAGCGAAAGAGUAAUUCUUUCGUUUACUAGAACUUUAGAGAUCAUUGCCUGUGGUAUGGAUGGAACACUGAAUGGAGUGAAUACACUAGAUUUAUACUGGUCUAUUGGUACAAAUAAAACAGCAGAAUGUGGAUUAUUACCUAACCGUUUAGUGAAACAGUUAAAUGGUUAUUGGGAAGUAGAAAUACUAACAGGAUUAAAUGAUUUAAUCAGUCUGCGCUCUCAUGAAAAUAGAACAAUUAUAACACCACCAAAAGAUUAUCAAGUAUAUUAUAACGUUGGUGAAACAGAAGUCAGAUGCAUUCUAAAGAAUUAUGAGGAUAAACGUACAGUCUUUGAGUUUACUAAAAAGGUGACAAUAACUGAUUGUGAAAUUGAUGGUACAUUGAAUGGGAUAGAUAAUUCAAAUAUUGAUUUACAUUUUUAUUCUAAUGAACAAUUUGCCUGUGGUAUAUUACCAAAGCAUAUUGAAAAGUUAAUUAAUGGUUAUUGGACAGGUCGAAUUAUCAGAGGUAGAAAAGAGAUGAUAUCAUUGGAGAUAGUUAAUCACAGUGUAAUCAUUACACCGCCUAGUGGAUAUAAAACCUAUUUACUCACUGGUUUCGUUGAAAUUGAAUGUAUAUAUAAGGAUUUUAAAAACAACAGGGAAUUUUAUAAAUUCAGUAAAUAUAUCAAUGUAUUCCGUGAUGAUACACCAAUUCUCAUGAAUAUGAAUGAAAAUGAAAGUUUUCCUAUAUUUCUUAAUUCAAAAAGACCAAUAAUGUGUGGUGGAUUAAGCUUUGAAGAAUUAAAUGAAUUGAAGAUAUUUUGGGCAGUCAACAUUACUGGUGGUAAACGUGAUAUCAUUGCUGUAAAUUUAACUCAUGAUAAUAAUCAAAUUAUUAUUCCACCAAAAAGUGGUAAUGGAAGUUUUUCACUACCAGGUCAAAUACGUGUAUUAUGUAUUCUACGUAAUUCUCCUGAUGGAGAAUAUUUACAUUCACAUACAAAAAUUAUUAAUAUUACUGAAUAUAAUACAAUUGCAGAAAGUAUAUUCGUUUAUGAUGUCCAACAGUCAAAUAUAUCUGUACCGAUUGGAUCAGAUGAAGAGAUUCCAUGUGAUAGUUCUCUACGUUCAUCUUCUUCUUCCUCGUUAUCACCUUCAUUAGAGUUAUGUAGUCAACAUCGUGGCCGUCAAUUGAAACGACCAGUUGGUUCUCUAUGUUAUUAUUGGAGAGGAAAAAUAAUCAAUAAUUCAUCGAAUGUAGAACAUAUUUUAUCAUUAGAUAAAUCUAAUGAUCGUGUAAUUAUUAAACCACCAAAAUGUUCACCAUUUUAUAAGAUGAAAGGUUAUGCAACAGUUGAAUGUACUUUAUUAAAUCAGUUACAUGAAAUAAAAAUGAAAUUUAUAAAGACAGUACGUAUAACUGAUCCUAUUUUAAUUGGUACACUGAAUGGUAUUGAUGAGUCAAAUGUAACUGUACUACUGAAUACAUCUAAAACAUAUCAAUGCGGUUUCUUGCCGAUGAAUUAUGUGAAAUCAGGAAUAUAUACUAAUGGCCAAUGGAAUGCUAAAGUAUUAGACGGUGGAACACCUAAUCUAAUCUCUAUCACAAAAUGUCAUAAUCAACUGGAGAUUACACCACCGAGUGGAUUGUCAACCUAUUCAACUAUUGGUCAAGUGUUGAUAGAGUGUAGUUUUACACUGAAUCAUAAUAGUAGUAGUAGUAGUAAUCAAACUUUAUUUUCAUUUAUAAAAUCAUUCAGUGUAAUAACUCAUGAUCAGGCGGGAACAUUAAAUGGAUACGACAGUUCAAAUAUAAUUGUUCCAAUAGAUUCAAGUGAUAAAUUCCAAUGUGGUUUACUUUAUGGCAUUGAUGCAUGGCUUAAAGGUUAUUGGAAGGCGAAUAUCAUCAGUGGAUUAAAGAAUUUGGUUUCCCUGAAUAAAAUUAACGGUCAAGUAUUCAUUGAACCUCCACAUGGAAGUAAAUAUUACAAUGCAUAUGGUGAAAUUACAAUUGAAUGCAUUUUUAUCAAUCAAGAUAAUGAUAAUAAAAUGUUCAGUUUUAUUAAAAACUUGACAAUUGAAAAUUAUAGGAUAGAAUUUUUCCCAAAGAAUCAAAUUAUAUACAUUGGAGAUAAAGAUGAGAUUACUUGUGCCAUAGUAACAAAACAAGGCUCUAUAAUCUAUGAAGAAGGCUCACUACAUGUCCAGUUAUUAUCUGGAGAUGAUUCACUCAUUGAAAUAGACAAUACUGAUCUACAUCCAGUAAUCAAACCACGAAAGAAAGUGCCAUUAGUCUAUGAUAAGCCCGGUGAAUUUCAUAUCCAGUGUGUAUUUACAAAUUAUAAAGGAUAUACACUGAGAAAGCAGCUGCAUGUUCAAAUCUCUGGUUAG